AUGCCUCUGCUCUCUUUGCCGCUCGAGCUCCAACAGCAUGUCGCAGGCUGUCUUGAGCCAUCAAGCCUUCGAAAUUUCAGCUUGACGAGCAUUGCUUGCCACGAAGCCUCUCUCCCGGCCAUUUUUGAGAGAAUUUGUAUCACGGUCCAUGAUCCUGAAAGCCUACAACGCCAUGUCAAUGCACUUCGCGAGGCUCUCUCGGAUACGAACUCUUUCUCCUGCGUUCGACAAAUCACCAUCAAAGGGGCUUUGAGACUCGCGGGCAAGGAGACCGAACGUUGGCCCUUGCAGUCGCCUUGGUCGUUUGCCCUUGGCGUUACAAAUUCACUCCUGGAUGAGGUCCCAAUCUGUCAUGACGGCAUGUAUGUAGUCUCCGAUGAAAAUGUGAUCGAGGCAUUGUCUGAUGAAGACGUGGCCUGGCUUCCUUUAGUCAACCUGCUCGAAGCCGAAGUUUCACUCGAAGAUCUCGUCUUUGACUGCCGGAGUCAAUUUCCGCCCAGUCUGCUGAGAAUUCUCCACGCGCGGCACCCUCGGUGCAGGCUUCACCUAACAUUCAAGUUCCGGACGUUGCUUUCGUCCACUCCUAACGCUUACGAGAUGGAGCUCGCUACAUCCCCGUGUCUUUCUACGAUAAAGGCUAUUUGUUCUCAACGCGAUAGCGAUGGUACCGACGAUUUCAACCUAGAGGCUCUGAUAGAGCUCGUAGCCGGUCUUGCCCCUAAUUUAAGUAAGGUCGUUGUCUUGAACCUCUUCCCAGGUGGCUCUAUGAGGUCAAAUCGACCUCGAAAUUCGUGGCAAGGCCUCCCGGGGUUUACUCCUAGGGGAAGAGGAUCGUUGAAGUCUCUAUCGCUCAAAGGCCACACGCAGUUAAAGACUCCUCAAGUGCUACAGGACUGGGCCAGACAUGUCGACUUUACUUGUUUACGGCAUCUCACUCUUGGCGGAGCUCUGGACUUGCGAGGAUCUGGGCUCAGUGGCGACACUAUGCAAUGGAUCGUCCAGACUCAGUCAUUUCCUCUACUCAAAUCACUCUGCGUGCAACUUACACGCGAUAACGCUCAGGUAGAACGGCCUCUUUACCGAGAGCAGGCAAUCACGUUUUUUCGGUCUUUCGAAUCUCUUGAGCAACUAUCUAUCGACGGGCCUAUUGACUUCCAAAUCAAAGAUGCUGCUCUUGCUCAUCAUGGAAAGACGCUUAAGAAACUUAGUCUGCAUCCUUUCGAACAAAUACCAUAUCCCCCCCACAGAGACGACAAACAGGAUCUACCUUUUCACUUUACUAAGGAUUGUAUUUUGCAGCUCCAAGCUCAGUGUCCGAUACUAGAAGAGCUUACAAUCCUAGUUAAACGCAACAUGUCCAAAGAGGCCGAUCUGUAUAGAUGCUUCGGCGGGAUGAGAAACUUGCGAGCCCUCUCUCUUAUACUAGAUUGCUCAAAUUGGCGGGUGACUCGAGAUCCUACGUAUAAGCCGGAUUUCGAUGAGCAAGAUCGAGAGCCCGUAGAAGCCGAAACGGGUUCGUGGCUAAAGAGGGGCGAAUUAAAGGCAACCCUCAUCAAUUGUGCCGUAGACGAAGCACUAGCCUGCUCAAUCUGGAAGACCAUCAGCCAGAACAAAACCGGCAAGCCGCUGGAGCGACUCAAACUGUGGCCGACCGGAGCGUUCGAAUACGGCACGGGCCAAAGCCUACCAACGACCUUCAUCUUCAUAGAGCUCAAUUUGACUCGAUCCUGGUCAUUCGAGCGGGAUCCGCGGGACGACACAGAAGACUUCACAGUCACGGAAUUGCAGCGAGAAAGACGACUGGCCCUCGAGGAACAAUUCGACAUAUUCUUUUCCGGCCACCGCCAGGAUCACGGGGUUUGGGAAGUUUUCCAUUCCAUCUGGCCCCCUCGAGCAGGCAGUAAGGAUUUUCGAGAUGAUUGGUCGAGUUUCCCUCUUGGUUAG